UAUCGCCAGACUGGUUUACUUGCUAAGCUGGUGGUGUUAUAUAAAGUGUGAGGAAUAUCGUGGCUUAAAUCAUGAGAAAGCCUUGGAUUCAAACAAGGCUCAGAGACGAGGUACAUUGAAACAACUUCGAUAAUUUACACUUAUCUUGGCUCGGCAUUAGUAAAGGUUAAACUUCCUAUACCAUCAUGGCAUUUAUUAAGACCGACUCUGAUGAUUCAGGUGUGGACAUGUUCACGAACAUAAAUGCGCUUCUCGAACAAGGAUCCGAAACGUCCAAGAGACCAGAUAUUCUAAAUGCAAACUGUGGAUUUUCGAGCCCCUUUGCUCCGGGUUCGUUUUCAAGUCCUCAACCAAGUAAUGGCUGGUCAUCGUUUCCUCCGACGCCGACCAGUUCGAGAUCUUGCAGUCCUGUUGAAGACGAGCUUCGUCUCGAAGCUAUCAUGGGUAGAAAUCUAAUAUCCAGGAUGAAUUGCCCGACAGCAUGUCAAUCCAUGGGUGGAUGGAUUACCCCUCCUGGCAGCUUACCUCCAACACCACCCACCUUCUCCCCACUCUCACCGGCCUCUGCAGAGUUGGACCACUCCAUGGUGUUCGGCUUUCCCGGCUCGUUCAUUCCUCGUCACACUGUGAUGCCUUCCACCCACCAAUGCCAACACCUUGAGGAACAGCAGCAGUCGUUGGGCAGCCCCGAGAAUGGUCCAUUGUCUCCAAUGUCUACUGCAAACCUGCUGAUGGACAGACGAUGGGGGUUCACACCAAACUCUAACACAGGAAUUUCUCCAAUGCAGCAGGAUAUAAGACAAGCCAUUCUCCAACAGGCUGCUGCUUCAACCAGCAACGAAGUGACAUACACCUGGAGUGGACAGCUUCCUCCUCGUCACUACAAGAACCCAACAUACUCUACAAAGGUGUUUCUAGGAGGUGUUCCUUGGGAUAUAACAGAAAGUACUCUUAUUCAGUCGUUCAAACCAUUUGGCAAUGUCCGCAUUGAAUGGCCGGGAAAAGAAGGAAGACAUGCUGUUAACCCUCCCAAAGGUUACGUGUAUCUGGUGUUCGACUCUGAAAAAUCCAUCAAAGCGUUACUCUCGUCUUGUACCCAAGAUUGCAGUAAUGGAGGCGAUUGGUACUUUCAAUUGUCUAGCAGGCGCAUCCGAUGCAAGGAAGUUCAGGUGAUCCCGUGGGUGUUGGUCGACAGCAAUUACGUUUGCGGCCGUUACCAGAAGCUUGAUCCAAGUAAGACUGUGUUUGUUGGAGGCUUACAUGGAAUGCUUAAUGCCGAGGGUCUCGCCCACAUCAUGCAAGAUCUCUUUGGCGGUGUCGUGUACGCGGGAAUUGAUACAGAUAAACAUAAGUAUCCAAUAGGUUCAGGUCGUGUGACGUUUAACAAUCACAAAAGUUACAUGAAAGCUGUUUGUGCUGGCUUCAUAGAGUUAAAGACGCCGAAAUUCACAAAGAAAGUUCAAGUCGAUCCUUAUCUAGAAGAUUCAAUAUGCGGUACCUGUCACACGAACCCAGGCCCAUAUUUUUGUCGCGAGCUGUCUUGCUUCAAAUACUAUUGCCGCUCAUGUUGGCAAUGGCAUCAUUCUAUCGAAGGAUUACGUCAUCACAAACCCAAGACUCGUACCAGUAAAACCGCGUCGAGCACUACGAUUGGCCUGUUUGGAUUCUGAACUUGUGUCCGGCUGAAGAAGACGACAGAUGUGUACCCUCGUGUACUCGACCAUUCUGAAAAGGUGGGUCUGUGAUUUCCCGGCAACACUCCUGAUUAUCCCCUGAUGUAUGUGAAUAUCAACCGUAAAUGUUCUUAGAUAUCCCAUCGUCUUGAUUGAGUGCAUUAUUACUGAUUGCUUUGACGUGUUUUUAUUUACGUGUGUCACUUUUCGUCGUGAAGCGUGCGUGACCGUUUGAUUUUGCGUGCGGGCUGUGCGGGCUGUAUUGCCCAUCGUUAAAACACGUGACUCGUACCAACACAUGUUAAUUCUACUAUUUUCUUCUGGCUAAAGAUCGUAUUUGGCUGAACUUAUUUUACAUACGAGCAAUCAUUUGCAAAAUUUAAAACUGAAACGUUUUGAAAUAUGCACGCUUUUCAAUUUUUCUCUUCCGAGAAAUGACGCAAUCUGAAGAACACGCAAUGCAAUUUGAUAUAUUUUUAGUUCUAUUUUUGUAUCCUUUUUUGUGGGAUCUCGACCGUUUCCAAAGUUUGGAAGCCGUCUUUGUUUAUUUUGGUGAAUAUUAUAGUUUUCUUAAAGUUAGCAAGACUUUUCAUUUUCUUUUUAACUUUCCUAAUAAUUAAAUUAUAUUUGUGCGUGAUAUAUCUUCCGCGUGUGGGACGUCAUAUAAUACAAAUAUAGCGUCCCAUUUUUAGCAGUUUUGCAUGGAAUGACAGAACCUUGUCUGUCGUUCGAGAGUUUUGUUAAAUAGUUUGUAAUUUUUUAUACUAUAUUCACUUACUGCUAUCUUUUGACAAGCAUGUUUUGAUGUGAAAAAAAACCUGGAAAAAAUAUUCUAAAAAAACUCUGAUAUUAUAUAGUGUUUUAAAGAUUACGCGUGACUUUUAAAGAUUUGAACAUUGUUAUUUAUAUUUCUAUUUAGAGUCUGAAUAAUUUAUUGUUAUUAACUAAUAUAUUAACUUGAGUGAGUGGCCAUGAUGGUAGAAGUUGAUUAUUAUCAAGUCGAAAAUUCAUCGAAGUUGAGUGCAUGUUAUUAGAGUAAUCAUGGAGCAUCUCAAAACGAUAUUCGAUUGUAUUUCCGCCGUGGGAACAGAAAAAAGUGGGAUAUUACAGUUUCAAAAAAUUGUAGUUUUCGCGUUUAAAAAAAAUUAACAAAACCUCAGAAUUGCCUGUUAUUAAUAAUAUUCCUGACCAAACAAGAUACGCUAAGUUGCAAUACUCCAUUUAAUGUUUAUCUAAUUUUUGAUAGACAAUUCCCAAUUAUUGAUUUAUUCACUCAAAGCGGUUAAAGUUUUCUUACAGCGACUGGCUUAGUAUCGUUAAUACAAUAUCCUGAUAUUAGGAUAUUGUGCAUGUAGCAAGAUCGUAUAUUCCCUAUUGUAUUUCCGUAUUUUCUCCCUUUUCGCUAUUCAAUUCGGUAUGACAUUAUUCUUAGCUUUUAUUUUCCAAUUGAAAAGUGUCGAAAUAUAUCAUCUUUCGUUCAAAGCUAAAGAGCAUAGGUAAUUUUUGGUAAUUUUGACAUGAAAUAAAAAUAGUUUUUUCUGUAUGCAACAAAACCUGUUAAAAGUAAUUCAAAGCAUUAUAUAAAUGCGGUUUCCAUUUUAGUGCAAAUUAUCUUCGAUCGGUUUUUUCCGGUUUUUGAAAUGGGUUAAAUUAAAUGAAACUAAUGCAUAAUUAAAUGUGAUUGAUUUUACUGAUCUAAAAUUACCUGGAUACGGCAACGAUAGCCAUAAAAGUAAUGAAUUCCUGGAGACAAAUUGAAGAGAAUUAAUUCAUCGCAAAGUCCAAGAAAAAGAAGCUUUAUCCAGUGUAAUUUUAAGAUCAGCGGACUGACUACCUGUUUCAAAAGAACCGUUGCAAAAAAUCGAUCGAAAUUGAAAUCGCCUGUAUUACGUCAUAGCCACUCACUUAGAAAUAGUAAUUUUGAGUAUAUUGUAGUGUGUACAAUGAAAAUAAGUAAAAAUUGAAACUGAGCGAUAUUUUAUAAGAACUUAUUCAUUUCGAGUUCUUCUCGAGUACAAGAUAUAAACUGAUAUCAUAGAAGCAAAAUAAAACAUU